CAUGCAGUACAGGAAAACUCAUCCGAGGCGUUGGAUUUUCCGUCAAUUCUCCGGAUACCGUAGUCCAUGUAGGACAUUCCACGUCUGUGAUACUAUUUUAAUUCCCUAAUCCGUGUAAAUAAUUAAUUAACGAGUUUAUUGAUAAUUACGAAUAACGUGAACCGAUAAAACCUGAAGAAUGGGUUUCAAGUCUAUAAUAGUGUCUCCGGUAAUUCGACCUGAUCAGGACUACACGCGCCGAGAGCUCUGGCACCUGAAGCAAGAAAUAAAAAGAAAGUUCACUCUCUACGGAAUUUCACACUGCAACUACCUGUUGCUGAUUCCCGAGUCAUCAUUUUACGGUUACGACUCAAAUUUCGCCAUAAUUGAUUUCAAAACGAAGGAAUCCGCUGAAAAAGCCCUGAGAGCAGUUGAAACCGGCACCAUAACAAUAAACAAACAACAGAUAACAGCGAGACCCCUGCACCUGAGAAAUACACCAAUAAAUAUUUUACCAGAUAAUUGUCUUCUGGAAAUAUUUAAUAACCUGUCGACGUACGAGCAGUUGAAGCUGUCAGGAGUUUGCAAACGUUGGGCCGACGUAUCCCGUCAAUUAUGGAGAAAAACAACGCGAAUAGAUCUACGAGAGAAUACCCUAGUGCACAAGAACAAGCAGUACCUGAUCAACAGUGGCAGCCACCUGAAGGAAAUUUACUGCUACGACGAUCACGGAUUUAAAACAAUUACAGAUCAUUGCCGAAAUGUGGAAAAUAUGGCAUUAGAAUUUCGUAAAUACACGAAGAGAAAAGGUCUAGAUCAGCCCUGCAUUCGAUACGAGCGUCAGGCAUUGCAACAGUUCAGUAGAUUAACUCGUCUUCUGCUGAAAAUUAGAAUUCCCCAGUACACGUACUUCUCAUUCCUCCAGGAGUUACCUCGCACGAUAAUCGAAAUUCACCUGUUCAAUGACCUCGACAAUUCCUCAACAACCGAAGACAGGUGGUUGGACAGAGAAGCGAGACAAGCAAAAAUCUCUGAAAAACGAAACAUCUAUGGGAGAAAGACCCUGGACCUGUCAGGACUGUCAAACAUCCAGGCGUUGACGCUCAACAGCUAUCACCUGGACGACGACUCCGUUAUUGGCCUUGAGAGACUUAAAAAAUUGAGUCACUUGAAUUUGGAUAAAUGCUAUCUGUCUAAACAUCUUCUGGGAAAGCUGGAAACCACCACAAACCUGGAGCACCUGUCCCUGAAGCUAACUAUAAUUGAUUACGAUGACAUGUGUUUGAUCCUGAAAAGGAACGACCACCUGAAGUACCUCUGCCUCCCUUUGAUAACAGAUUGGAAGGAUGCGAGGAUCUGGCUUCGAGCUCUGAGGCUGGAGCACUUGAAGGUCCUCUGCUGGAACGACGCUGAUAACAAGAUAAGAGAGUCUUCGGGGGCGUCAACGACUAUAGAAUACAUAGAGCAUCACAACGUGGGGCUGUCGGACAGGCGAACUCGACUGAUGCUUGAGAACUUUCCAAAUUUGAAAGUAUUCAAAAGAACAGGCUGGUGGGGAUCUAGCAGUGACUGGUUUAUAUCAGAUGUGAAACAAAUUGUUUUGGCCAGACCCAACAAAGCUCCAAUGCGGUACUACCAUAAUUCGAGAUACAGACGAUCAGAUGAGCGUUACAUUCCCUGGGAAAAUCACAGCUCUGAUAACUUCGAGCACAACGAAGUCGUUAGUACUGAUGACGCCAAAAUACUCAGAUGCAACGAGUGGGAUGGUUGGUACAUCCAGGAUUCACCUGCUGCAGGUGCAGCUGAUGAAGAAUUGAAGAGCCAACAAGAGGUAAAAUCUAAAGGUUCAGAUGAUCCACAAGAGUCGACAUGUCCCUCAACUAUUCAAGAACUAUCUGACGAUUCCCUCAACACAAUUUUCCAUCAACUCUCGCUGGACAAUAAAUUGAAAGCAGCGGAGGAUUGCAACCGCUGGAAGAUGAUUUUAGAACAGAAUUGGGAGAGCUGUAAAAAAUUCGAUGUCCGAGAGCUGUCGUGUCAUGAGAGCAGGGAGAGAUGUAUGAUUAAAUGGGGAAAAUACUUCGAGGAGAUUUAUACGUACAAAAGCUGUGGAUUCUCAUGGUUGAGGGAUCAUUGUCCCAAUGUGAAGAGCUUGGGGUUGGACUUCAGGGUAAAAAAAUGUAAAUGCAAGCCAUUGAUUCGGAAGGAAAGGUACAGUUUACGUAGUCUUCAGCCUAUUUUGAUGAGACUGAAGCACUUGACUCAUAUCAUGUUGAGGGAUGCUCCGGUUUUUCAAUCUGAUUUUCUUGAGAACUUGCCAGAGGGCAUGCGGGAAAUUCACGUGUUCAAUAGGUCUCAUGUGAGACUUGGGGAACAUUCGCAGGAAGAGGACAGCGGUGUUACCUCCGAUUUAAUUACGCGGCGAGAAAUUUCGAUGUGCAAGUAUCGAGAUUUACGAGCUCUAACUUUGGUCGAAGCUCAGGCUAUUACUCAGCCUUAUGAGCUAUCACGGAAGAAUCCAGUGAAAAUCAGUGGAUUGGAAAAUCUGGAGGAGUUAAUUUACCUCAGGAUGAAUGGUGUAGCGAUUGCCGGAGAGUCCGACAAUCCCCUAGGGGAUGUCAAGAAAUUGGAGUACUUGUCAAUGCCUCUUUCGGCACUUUCAAGUGAAAAUUUUCAGUCUCUCAUUGGGAAUAAUAGGCAUAUCGAGUACUUAGAUAUCAGUGAUGACUUUAACGGGGUAUCAAUCAGUAAAUUAAUGCCUGUUUUUACUCUCGAGAGACUGAGGUACUUGCGAGCAAUAAAUAUUCCUUCGAAGGAGUCAGAAUUGGAAGGCUUCAAGGACUUACCCCAGGAAAUUCACUUCGACGGACUUCAGAAUUUGGAAAUAAUCGAUUGCCAAGGGUCUGGGGGAAUCUCCAAUGAUCUGUUCCUCCGGAUUCUGGGGUGCUCUUUACAUCUGAGAGUCGCGAGCGUCAGGGUGACUGAGCCUGAUUUUGCUGAAGAACUGAUUGCCAUUGCUGAGAGCAACGUUAUGGCGAGGUGGGGAAGAAGCCCUGAUAUUCGACUGUUUCUCGGGGUCGAGGGGUUCAGACUUUGCAACAAUUUAGAGCUGCAAGGGGAUGGGGUUGUACUUUCCGAUGUACCACAUCCGGACUAUUAUUCGAGGGUGGAAAAAAAUUACUGGGAAGGAUGGCGCACAAUGGAUGGCGGAAGAACUACUGCGGAGUCAAUUUCAGGACUGUUAAACGUUUUUGAUAAUUAAAAUAUUCACACACGCACAGUUUAUGAAUAAAGACUAUUUUCUCAA